AUGAACCCCAACAAUUCAUCCACCGUUCUGUCUCAAUUAACGUCUAAACGCCAAGACAAGGGGUUACUGACCUUGUACAAUGUCUUUAUCACUAUUUUGAUAAUUGUGACCACAAUCUAUUUGAUUCAGAAAGGAAUCACCCGUUCAAGAAGUUUUAGAGCGCCGUUCGUUGGACGUCGGUUUUCAUGGGAGCCCAAAUGGUUGAUCGGCCUCCGAUUCUCUCAAGCUGGUCUUGAACACCUGGCAGAAGGCUGUAAAAAGUUUAACGAUGGAAUUUUCAAAGUCGCUCGAAACGAUACCGAUAUCCUAGUCAUCCCUAACCGCUAUGUCGACGAGUUACACUCAAAGCCGGAAGAGCAUGUUAGUGCGAUUGGAGCGCACAUGAAAAAUCUGUUGGGAAAGUAUUCGACAAUAGAUAUCCUGCAGGAGGGGAAUUUACACACCCAUGUCUUGCAGACUAAAUUGACACCAAAUUUGGGAUCUAUGAUCAGCACAAUCGAAGAGGAACUUCGGUUUGCUAUGGAGGAAGAAAUUCCGCCCACCCAUGGGGACUGGAAGGAUGUUUCAAUUUACGAGAUCAUCCUCCACCUAGUGGCCCGGAUAUCGGCAAGAGUGUUUGUAGGUCAACCGACCUGUCGCAACCAAGAAUGGCUUGACACAUCAAUCCGAUUCACGGAACAUGCUUUUCUCACGAUAGCGAUUCUUCGACGACUGCCGAAGUUCCUACACCCCGUGGUGGCACCUCUUCUUCCCAGCUACUGGGCCGUUCACAGGGACUUGCAAACGGCCAAACGCAUCAUCAGCCCCAUUGUGAAACAACGAACAGCCGACGAGGCCUCAGGGGAGCCUGGGUAUGAGAAACCGACUGAUCUUCUACAGUGGAUGAUAGAUGCGGCCAACCUCAGGGACGGUCAACCUGACAAGCUGGCCCACCGGCAACUCGUUCUCAGCCUGGCCGCUAUUCACACAACGACGAUGGCCGUGUCGUACGCCAUUUAUGAUCUCUGCCAGUUUCCUGAAUUUGUUGAACCGCUGCGACAGGAGAUCACCGACUCGCUCGAACAAGGGGGUAAAUGGGCAAAGACUACUCUCGGCAAGAUGCAUAAAUUAGAUAGUUUCAUCAAGGAGAGCCAGCGGCUGAGCCCCCUAGUUUAUGUGUUGAGCUUCCAGCGAAUUGUCAUGCAAGACCUGACUCUCUCAGAUGGAACUACUCUUCCUAAGGGCACCCAUAUCAGUGUACCGGCUGCAGAAGUCCUCCAAGGAGCUGAAUUUGAUUCCUCCUUUGAUGGAUUUCGAUACUCAAGAAGACGCCAGAACUCCGGUGAGGCGCACAAAUAUCAGUUUGCCACGACCGACAAGAACAGCCUGCAUUUUGGUCAUGGCAAAUAUGCUUGUCCCGGUCGUUUCUUCGCGGCCUAUGAGAUCAAAAUGAUCAUCUCUCACUUGCUGAUGGAUUAUGACGUCCAAUUUCCUCCAGGGGCCUCGCGACCAAAAGUCUUCUCGGCUGAUGAAGUUCUGCUGCCUGAUCCAUCUACGCGAGUCUUGAUACGUAGGAGAACGGGCAUGUAG